CACAAAGUUUUACUCAACAAUUCUAAUUUUGCACAAAAACUUUGCAUUUGUACAGUUUUGUUUAUUUAACAUAAUAGUUAAUAGUGCAGUUUCGCACAAAACAAACUAUGACAUAUUCUCGGUGAAAAAGCAUUUUAUGAGUCACCUAACGCAGUUAAAUGAUGACCGAUUAUUAUUCUACUCAAUCGUAUUUUUAAUCUAAAAAAACUAAUAAAAUGUCUGAAAGAAAAGGAACUAAAGCUUUAGAACUGUGGUGUAAGCGUCUAGUGCGGGAUUGUCCAAAUGUUCAAAUAGAUAAUAUGACCACAUCGUGGAGGAAUGGCAUUGCAUUUUGUGCAUUAGUCCACCACUUUCGUCCUGACCUAAUUGAUAUGUCAUCAUUAAAACCAGAAAAUAUCUAUGAAAAUAAUCAGUUGGCAUUUAAUGUGGCUGAGAAACAUUUGGGUAUCCCUGCUUUGCUUGAUCCCGAAGAUAUGGUUGAGAAUGAUGUCCCAGACAGGUUAUCAAUACUGACUUAUUUGUCUCAAUUUUAUCAGAGAUUAGGCCACACAGUAAAUACAAAGGCAUCAUCUGAAGUUGAACCUAAAUCAUCUUCAGCUUCAAACUCAACUCCACUCAAAUUUGGCAAAUCUGGACUUGACAAAUGUGCUGCAUGCGGCCUGCCUGUCUACCUGGCACAACGCCUUAUAGUAUCACACAAACUCUACCAUAGAAGAUGUUUUCGAUGUUCCAAAUGCUCUGGGCACCUCAACCCAAAGAACUUUGAGAUCACUGAUGGAUCUGAAUUUACUUGUGAUAGCUGUAAAAAUGAAAAGACAUUGUCUAAAUUCUUCAAUAAUAAUGACCACGAUCAAAUGGGAAUGCUUGCAUUUAGUGAUGACUUAAGGAAAACCCCGGAGGUUCCUAAAGAGGAGUCAAUUAAUGUUAAAAUUAAGACAAGACCUUUGUCAAUUUUAGAAAAAAUAAACAUGUUCGAGAAAAACUCAGAAAAAGAUGUAGUUACAGAUAAAAUAGCAAAUAUUUCUUUAAAAGAUAACACAAUUAGUAAACCUAGAGAAUUAAGUGCACCAACUAUAGUUAGUCUUGCUAAAGAGUCAAGUGGUGAAGGGCACUCUCAAACAGAAGCUGAUUCAAAACAAACUCAAGAAAACAUAGCUAUUGUCGAACACCGGCAUUCAUUACCAGACUUGCCAACUAAAGUGUACAAAAGUAACGUCAACAAAUUUAACUUCUUACAAACACAAUUGGCAGAUGAUAAACUAGAUGACAAAACCACUCCAGAAAACUUAGACACACCUAAACAAGAUCAAAAUAUUGAAAGUAUUAGUAGUAACAUAGUUAAAAAUGAAAUCUCUGAAAAAGAAACAAACAGUAAUUUGAGUAUAAAUAAAGAAGAGAGUAACAUAACUGAUGACAUCAGAUUAGGUAUAGGACACAACUCAUCAAAUCCAGACAAUACUCGAUUAGAAAAUAAUGAAGUAGUUAAAAAUGAACUAGAACAGGAAGUAAGUAUAAGUGUGCCUCCAAGACGGAAGAAGCAAUUGUCAUCUCCUGAUAGGGUUGUUCCGAAAAUAGUUGAAAAAGAAGAUAAGAAACCUGAUGUAAAGAUGUAUCCUGAUCACUUAAAUCCAUUUUCAGAUGAUGAAGAAGAUGAGGAUGAAGUUAAAGAGCUAUCUAAAAAAGCAAGCACCAAUCCAUUUGGCAGUGAUGAUGAAGAUGAUGAUGUUCCGCCCAUAACAAAUCAGCCUAAAGCAUCAAGUAAUGAAAAUCAAGCAACACCUGUAAAACGGCUAAUAAAAGCUUACAAUCCAUUCUGGUCUGAUGGUGAAGAGCCAUCAACUGAUGAUGAAGAGCCUCAUGAACAAAGUUCGUCAAGCUCGAAGAUGUACAAGUCUUCGAUCGCGACGAGCACGCCGAACCUGCCGUCGAGCGCGCCUCGCCGCAAGAAGGCGAAGGCGCCGCCGCCGCCGGUCAUCACGGUCACCGAGACGCCGCGCCUGCAGCCCUGCACCUCCAUGGAUGACGUCGUCAGCAUCUCAUCCCUCAGCUCCUUCAACUCCACCAUUCAUUCCGAUCAGAAAUCAAUAGGCGUAUCGACACCUCGAAUGAAGAAAAAGAGACCUGCGCCCACGCCUCCGGACAGUCUAUCCACUGUCUCUGGCUUUGGUUCUCUGGAGAAAGGCGUCGAUUCUUCGGGGUUACGCAGCAAUGCCUCUGAUGGGGGUCGUCGAUCAGCAAAAGGUCCAGCGCCAGGUCUUCCACUGCCGGAGCGGCGAGAAGUAAAGCUAGCCAUGUCGCCCGAAGAGCUGCAGGUGCAGUUAGACCUGCUGGAGACACAACAGCUGGGCCUGGAGCGGCAGGGCGUGCUCAUCGAGCAGAUGAUCCGCGACAAGUGUGAGGGUGACGAGCCAUCUACUGUGCCACAAGAGGAAGUGGAAGAUUUAGUAAUACAGCUCUGUGAACUAGUCAACGAGAAGAAUGACUUGUUCAGGAAGCAGACUGAACUGAUGUAUAUACGACGACAGCAGCGGUUGGAACAAGAGCAGGCUGACAUUGAGCACGAAAUCAGGAUUAUACAAUCUCGGCCGGCCGUCAACCGCAUCGACGCUGAUAAGGCGCGCGAGGAGCAGCUGGUGGCGCGCCUGGUGGAGAUGGUGCGGCUGCGCGACGAGCUGGUGCAGCAGCUGGACGCCGAGCGCCGCCGCGAGCGCCAGGAGGACCUCGCCAUCGCCGCCUCCAUCGCCAGCAAGCGCGGUCAGUAUGCUGUCCACACUACAGGCCGCGACGCUGGUGCAGCAGCUGGACGCCGAGCGCCGCCGCGAGCGCCAGGAGGACCUCGCCAUCGCCGCCUCCAUCGCCAGCAAGCGCGGUCAGUAUGCUGUCCACACUACAGGCCGCGACGCUGGUGCAGCAGCUGGACGCCGAGCGCCGCCGCGAGCGCCAGGAGGACCUCGCCAUCGCCGCCUCCAUCGCCAGCAAGCGCGGUCAGUAUGCUGUCCACACUACAGGCCGCGACGCUGGUGCAGCAGCUGGACGCCGAGCGCCGCCGCGAGCGCCAGGAGGACCUCGCCAUCGCCGCCUCCAUCGCCAGCAAGCGCGGUCAGUAUGCUGUCCACACUACAGGCCGCGACGCUGGUGCAGCAGCUGGACGCCGAGCGCCGCCGCGAGCGCCAGGAGGACCUCGCCAUCGCCGCCUCCAUCGCCAGCAAGCGCGGUCAGUAUGCUGUCCACACUACAGGCCGCGACGCUGGUGCAGCAGCUGGACGCCGAGCGCCGCCGCGAGCGCCAGGAGGACCUCGCCAUCGCCGCCUCCAUCGCCAGCAAGCGCGGUCAGUAUGCUGUCCACACUACAGGCCGCGACGCUGGUGCAGCAGCUGGACGCCGAGCGCCGCCGCGAGCGCCAGGAGGACCUCGCCAUCGCCGCCUCCAUCGCCAGCAAGCGCGGUCAGUAUGCUGUCCACACUACAGGCCGCGACGCUGGUGCAGCAGCUGGACGCCGAGCGCCGCCGCGAGCGCCAGGAGGACCUCGCCAUCGCCGCCUCCAUCGCCAGCAAGCGCGGUCAGUAUGCUGUCCACACUACAGGCCGCGACGCUGGUGCAGCAGCUGGACGCCGAGCGCCGCCGCGAGCGCCAGGAGGACCUCGCCAUCGCCGCCUCCAUCGGUCAAUAUGAUGUCAACACCACAGAUGCAGUAGGGCUGGUAAAAUGCCACGGGCCCCCGACCCCAGGGGUCCUAGUCUAAGUCCCUAAUCGCACCGGUUCCGGGGCCACGGACAGGCCGCGAGAUGAUUCACAUUACGCAAUUCCAUUAAAAGUUCAAAACUAUCCGAUUCCAAGCAUAAGCUUUGAUUAGUAGAAUAAAAAUAUUAACAGGCAGUAACUAUGACUGAGAUCAGGAUCGUGUUUCGGCAAGUGUUGUUUAAUUAUAAGAACCGAACCCAGAUUCACUCUGUCAAAGAAGAGAAAAAAGUGUCUCUUUUGUUGUUGUUGUUGUCAUUAAAUAUUUAUUGUGAUCCAUGUAUCUUAUUAAUACAUUAAUGUCUUUAUUUAUCUUCA